CGGAGUCAAUUGUUGAUGAGUAUGAGUGUGAGUUACUUUCAGUUACUUUUUUAUUUGUAAAUGCUGUGUUCCGAAUGAAUGAUAUUGCUAAUCAGGUGGAAAUUGCAUUGCAAUUGCGAAAGGGAAUUCUAUGUGCAACACGUAUUAAGCUUUCUAAAAGGAUGAAAUGGAAUUAUUAUCGCAAGUUCCUUUAUUCUCUACUGAGCCCAGCACGAAAGGUUUUGAUCUUUCGUCUGGAUACAAGUGGAUCUAUCCAGAAAAUUUUCCAUUGCGAGAUUAUCAAUUUAGUAUUGUACAAACAGCAUUGUAUAAUAACACGUUAGUGUGUUUACCAACUGGUUUGGGUAAAACAUUCAUUGCCGCUGUAGUAAUGUAUAAUUUUUGGAGAUGGUAUCCAAAAGGAAAGGUUGUAUUUAUGGCACCUACUAAACCUCUCGUUGCUCAACAAAUAUAUGCUUGUCAUAAUAUUAUGGGGAUUCCUAGCAGUGAAACUAUAGAGCUUACAGGUACAACGAAUCAGAAACAGAGAAAAAUUUCUUGGUCCGAGAACAGAGUAAUAUUUGCAACACCUCAAACAUUUCAUAAUGAUCUUGAAAAAAAUAUAGUGCCUAUGGAACUGAUAAAAUGUGUGGUUGUAGAUGAAGCUCAUAGAGCAUUAGGCAAACACUCCUAUUGUGAGAGCAUACGGAUAUUAAGUUCAUACAAUCGGUAUUUUAGAAUAUUGGCACUUUCUGCAACUCCUGGAGGAAAAAUUGAUGAUGUCCAAGAGGUGGUUUCCAAUUUACACAUUUCAAAAUUGGAAUUACGUGACGAUACAUCACCAGACAUAAUUCCUUACAUAAAUGAGCGAAAAAUGGAUAUCAUACUAGUUCCUUUAGGUGAUGAUCUAUCUAAAAUCAGGGACAAAUAUAUUGCCAUUAUGGAUCGGCAUGUUAAAUAUUUAAUUCAAAAUAAUGUAUUAAGAGGUGCUACAGGAAAUAUUUCUAAGGGAAAGAUUUUCCUGCUGUCGAGAGAAUACCAAAAAAGAACCAAUAAGCCAAGCAAUCAUGGACAAAUCAUGAAAACAUUGAGUAUACUAUUGACCAUGUAUCAUGCUUAUGAGCUACUGACUAGGCAUGGAUUGCGAGCUUUCCUUCAUUUUUAUAAAAAUCAUGCAGAUAAACCAUGGAUGUCUUCCGAAGAUCAGUUGUUAGCCUUACUUAAUGAAGUGGAAUUGUAUUUAGGACCAUUUCCGGAUAUUCAUACCUUAAAUGAUAAAGAUGCUCUUCAGAUUCCAAGUGACUUUAUUUUUGGGCAUGCGAAGUUUCAUAAAUUAAAAGAAGUACUGUUAAGACAUUUUAAAGCUUUCGAAGGUCAGGUGGAAAGUACUAGAGCGAUCGUUUUUGUAGAGUACAGAGACAUCGUUAACGAAGUGUUCGCACUGUUACUUCAAUCACGGCCACUCAUAAGACCACAAAUGUUUGUCGGACAAGCAGGACUGAAACAAAAAGCACAAAUGCAAGCAUUGACAGAUUUCAGAAGUAACCGUGUCAAUGUUCUCAUUUCCACUUCUGUGGGUGAGGAAGGAUUAGAUGUUGGUGAAGUAGAUCUGAUCGUAUGCUUCGAUAUAUCUCAGCGGUCUCCUAUUCGACUGGUCCAGAGAAUGGGAAGGACUGGUCGAAAACGACAGGGUCACAUAGUUCUUUUGGUUACCGAUGGAAAGGAACAUCAGACUCUCAAGGCUGCAUUGUCCAGAAGAGAUUCUUUAAAUAACAAGGUGUUGGAAUCGAGUAAUAUCGUAUCUUCCUUAUACAACGAAAACCCUCGAAUGGUUCCACCUGAGUUUCAACCCGAAUGUUACAAAAUGCAUAUCGCUGCUCAGCCAAAAACGCCAAAAGUAUCUCGCAAAAUUAAAAAGGGCAACGCGGUAUCGAAGGCAAAGAAUAAUUCAUCCAUAACCAUUAAACAUAACACAAAGAAGACUGACAAUCUGCCUGAGAUUGACAAAUCAGCAAUGCCGACAUUUAUUAACGAUACGAUAUCUUCAUUGGAAGCAACAAAAAAGAGUGACAAACCAAGUGUUAAAGGCCAAUCAUCGAUAAUGAGAUUUCUUAGCAACGCCGCUCCUUCCGAAAAUGCAUUGGAAGUUGCAACACCUUUGCAAACACAGAUUGCGGAUGAAUGUAACUCUUAUAUUCCUACAAAUCCUAAAAAUGUGCAGCUGUUGAUGUCCGACAAAGCUGCAGUUGAUUUUCUUACAUUAUGUACUUUAAAGAUGUCGGAGCGUGAGGCUUCAAACGAAAGUCUAAGAAAAAUGGAUAUGACCUAUGUUCCUUCUUGGCCAACGAGAAAUUACGAAGAUAUAUUUAAUUGUACAAUUCCAAAUUUAAGUAUUUUGGAUUGCAUAGCAGAAUUAACCGAGGAAACAAAAAUUAUAAUGGAAAGAAAUGACAUUGUAGAUGAACCCGACAUAGUAUGCAUUAACCACGAUAUCAGUUGGGACAACAAUUUUGACGUUUGUCAUGAACAGAUUAAUGAGAAAGUAGACGAAUCGUGGUUUGAAGAUUUACUACUAAAUGAUUCUACAAAUUCGUCUGAAUCAGAAUUAGCUCCUAAGCAGGAGAAUAAUGCAAAUUAUUGUUCACUAAUGAAGAGUUCAAAUGAAUCUAUUUUUGAUCUUGUAGACGUUAAUGAAGAAACUUUGACAAAAGGUGCAUUUGAAGGUAUACUAAGUGAAUCAUCCGAUGAGAGCAGUGCACAAAUAUGUCAAGAAGAAACCGAUGUACUUACAACUACUAAAAUCGAGAUCGACAAGAAUGUUACUGUAAGUUGUACCAACGGUGCAACUAAAGCAAUCGAUAACUCAAAGAAUUCCUUAUCGACUCGUGAUAUUCAUCCAUCUACGUCAUCAGCAUGCGUAACUGAUCCUUGGUUCGACCAGUCACCUAAGUCUUUUAGAAAUGCAUGUGAGCCGCUAGAAAAUUUUCCAGAAAGUAAAAAUGCUGAAAUGAAGGAAACUGUACUUAUGGAAAAUGAUACAAACUCUGUUCAGGAUACUGCUGAUACGAGUACUUAUCACAAUUCAGAAGAGGAUUCGGAUCAAUGUGAAAGUUAUGGCUCAAAUAAUAGCAUGCUAACGAUUCCUCAGAUGCUGGAAGAAGUUAGACGGAUUAGUGUACAAAAUGGCUAUUCUAAUGAUCUAGAGAACUUUAAUCUAUCUACGCGAAGUCAACGAGAUAAAACUUUUGCAAGAAAGAAAGUAAGUGCGUCGCCCUCAAAAUUGAAAUUGAAACCAGGGAAAUCUCAAAAGUUCGAUUUCGAUUCGGAUGACGAUAUAUUUUUUGUGAACGAAUAUGAAGAAAAUAAUGCCGAUCAUAACAUAAGCAAUAGAACUAAUCACGAGUGUUCUGUGCCCUUGAAGUUACUUAAUGACAUAAAAAUAGAAAAGCCCCCCGUGAGUGUCAGUAAAACAAUUGCUAAUGAUUUAGAUAUUGGCGAGCUCGACUGGGACAGUGACUUCGUAAUUUCAUCGGCAAAUACUCGAAAGAAUUCCGAAAAACCCAAGAGCUGCAGUACUCCCAUUAAUCGUGGGGCUGUUAAAAAAGACUCGGAAAUUUUCAAAAGUCCUAGUUCAGCCACCUGUGUAAUAAAUAAUAAGGCGAUGCAAAGGGAAAUUAAUUUAACCGGUGAAUUUACUGGAUGGAUUUCAUCGAAACCGAGGGAACUAAAAAAAUCAGUGCCACCGGAAAAGGGUUUAUUGAGUCUUAAAAGAGAUGUUCAAAAGACUAAAUCUCUUGUUUCAAUAAACAAAGAACCUGCCAUCGAUGAUCUACCACCCAGCGACACAACGGAAUCAGAAAGUAAAUAUUUCACAAAAGAAAGAAACGAGGGCCCAAUAAUUCGGUCCGUUCCUUCAUUGCUUCAAACAACUUCAGAGCCAUCCCAUUCAUCGCGUGGUCAAAUCCUAGAUAUUAAAAGUUUGAAGGAAAAAUAUUCGAUUCAGCAUUCGGUUCCGAAGAACGCUAAUGAAUUGCAACGUCGUCCUAACAACGAAGCAUUGGAUAAUGCAGAUAUCACUAAUAAACCAUUGAACAGAAUCCGGAAUAAGAAGGAAGCUCAUCGUAGGAAGGUGAAGGACAGGAUGAAGAAUAAAUUUAUUUCCAAUGAAGCGGAGGUCUCUUUCGACGUAGACACUUCCGAAGGCAGUUCUGGCGAGGAUGAAGACAUCGAAGGAUUCGUAAGUUAUACUCAGGAAGUUAAGGACCAUGUUGACAUGCGUGCACAUUAUCUACAAACCGUUAAAAGUCCAGUUGUUAAGCCAGGGCGAUUUAUAAUAAAGGAGAAACGUAACGAUCACGAAAUUGAUGUAUACUCCCAGCCAGUUUCGCAAGAGCAGGAUACGUAUCUUUACGACUCCUUUUGCGUUAACGAGAACGAAGAACACCUUGAAGAGUGCGAGUCUACUUUUGACGAGCUCCCAGAAGAAGACUUUACGAUAAGGAAACGUAAGAGGAUGCGGUCUACUAAAUCGAAUAAUAUUGUAAAAAGGAGAAUAAUUGCUAAAGUCGAAAAUGACGAUAGUAGCGAUGACGAGACGGAGCGUCUUCGCCAGCAGAUCUUGAAUGAGUCCCUCCAAUUAAAAUGCACAAAGAAAUUAUGAAAGUUGCGCCUCAGCAAGUAUCAUUACAUUUUUCGGAGUCCCUUCCCUAGUCAAAUGUACAUUGUAUGAUAUCGACCGUUUAUGAAGAAAAACAAUGUUUUUUUUUUGUUGCAUCUUCG